AUGGCAGAGAACGAUCAACAAGUCCACCCAAUGCCCCAUCAAUCUCACAAUCCCCGAUCCAAACACGAUGUAGAGACUGCCACCACCGAGCAGUCCAAAGAGCUCCGCCGCCAAAAGCAAAAGAAGUGGCUACUCUACGGUAUAGCCUUCGUCAUUUUCCAGACCGGAAUCAUAGCCCUUUUCUCCCUAACAGUUAUGAAGGUCCGAAAUCCCAAAUUCCGCGUGAGGUCCGCCACGUUCGACACCUUUGAUGUCGUCCAGACGACCAACCCUUCGUUCAAUUUGAAGACCAACGUCGCACUUGGGAUCAAGAACACCAAUUUCGGCCCCUACAAGUACGACAACAGCACAAUGUAUUUCUACUACGGCGAAGCUGAGGUUGGGAGUGUUGUUAUUCCCAAAUCAAAAACCCAAUUCCGAAGGACCAAAAAGAUUACCGUUGCAGUAGAUCUUGCUUCGACCAAUCUAGUGGGAAACACUCAAUUGGCAAGUGAUAUGAAUUCAGGAAUCGUGCCUCUGAGCAGCCGAUCGAAACUGAGCGGGAAAGUAGAGCUGAUGCUGAUUUUCAAGAAGAAGAAGUCUGUGGACAUGGAUUGCACCAUGGAAGUUAAUAUCUUGACGAAGGAGCUCCAAAAUGUCAAAUGCAAGUGA